CAUCCAUCCGUGCAAGUCGAGGGACCAUUGGUGGCUAUUUCCUGGCUGGGAGAUCCAUGACCUGGUGGCCAAUUGGAGCAUCUCUAAUGUCCAGCAAUGUGGGCAGUGGCUUAUUUAUCGGCCUGGCUGGAACAGGGGCUGCUGGAGGCCUUGCUGUGGGUGGCUUCGAGUGGAACGCAACCUUCCUGCUUCUAGCCCUGGGCUGGAUCUUUGUCCCUGUGUACAUCGCAGCUGGUGUGGUCACCAUGCCACAGUACCUGAAGAAACGAUUUGGGGGACAGAGGAUCCAGGUGUACAUGUCAGUCCUUUCUCUCAUCCUCUACAUCUUCACCAAGAUAUCGACUGAUAUCUUCUCUGGAGCCCUCUUCAUCCAGAUGGCCUUGGGCUGGAAUCUCUAUCUCUCCACAGUCAUCUUGCUGGUGGUGACAGCUGUCUACACCAUUGCAGGGGGCCUCACAGCUGUGAUCUACACAGAUGCUCUACAGACCGUGAUCAUGGUCGGGGGAGCCCUGGUCCUCAUGUUUCUGGGCUUUCAGGAGGUCGGCUGGUACCCAGGACUGCAGCAGCUCUAUAGACAGGCCAUCCCCAAUACCACAGUUCCCAACACCACCUGUCACCUCCCACGGCCUGAUGCCUUCCACAUGCUUCGAGAUCCUGUGAAUGGAGACAUUCCCUGGCCAGGUCUCAUUUUUGGCCUCACAGUCUUGGCCACCUGGUGUUGGUGCACAGACCAGGUGAUUGUGCAAAGGUCUCUCGCAGCCAAGAAUCUUUCACAUGCCAAGGGAGGCUCCGUGUUAGGAGGCUACCUAAAGAUCCUCCCAAUGUUCUUCAUUGUCAUGCCUGGCAUGAUCAGCAGGGCCCUGUACCCAGAUGAAGUUGCCUGUGUGGACCCUGACAUCUGUCAAAGAGUGUGUGGGGCCAGAGUUGGAUGCUCCAAUAUUGCCUACCCCAAGCUGGUUAUGGCUCUCAUGCCUGUGGGGCUUCGAGGCCUGAUGAUUGCUGUGAUCAUGGCUGCCCUCAUGAGCUCGCUCACCUCCAUCUUCAACAGCAGUAGCACCCUGUUUGCCAUAGAUGUGUGGCAGCGCUUCCGCAGGCAGGCAUCGGAGCAAGAGCUGAUGGUGGUAGGCAGGUUGUUCGUAGUCUUCCUGGUAGUCAUCAGCAUCCUUUGGAUCCCCAUCAUCCAGAGCUCCAAUAGUGGGCAGCUCUUUGACUACAUCCAAUCUAUCACCAGCUACUUAGCCCCACCCAUCACAGCCCUUUUCCUGCUGGCUAUCUUCUGCAAGAGGGUCAACGAGCCUGGCGCCUUCUGGGGCCUCAUGUUUGGCCUGGUCGUGGGAAUACUGCGUAUGAUUCUGGAGUUCUCAUAUCCGGCCCCAGCCUGUGGGGAGAUGGACAGACGGCCAGCUGUUCUGAAGGACUUCCACUACCUGUACUUUGCCCUCCUUCUCUGUGGACUGACCGCAGUCGUGAUUGUCAUAAUCAGCUUCUUCACGGAGCCCAUCCCCGAUGACAAGCUUGCUCGCCUAACCUGGUGGACGAGGAACCGAGCCAUAUCUGACCUGCAGAAGAAAACCUCUGUGAGUGUGAACAAGACAGAGGGUGACAACGCUCCAGGACUGGCAGGGAGGCCCGUGGUAGAGGGCCCUGCAGGAGAUGAGGAAGAAGCAAUAACCACCCAGGGGCCUGAACAACCAGGAGCCCUACACAGGUCUUGGGGGAAAUGGCUGUGGAACUGGUUCUGCGGACUCUCAGGAGCCCCACAGCAAGCCCUGAGCCCAGCUGAGAAGGCUGUGCUGGAACAGAAGCUGACCAGCAUCGAGGAGGAGCCCCUCUGGAGACGUGUCUGCAACAUCAACGCCAUCAUCCUGCUGGCCAUCAACAUCUUUCUCUGGGGCUAUUUUGCCUGACUCUACAGACUAGGAUUUAGUUGAAAUGAGUAAGAACCCCUGAACCCUGGUCAGUCCCCAAGACCAGAGGCAGGCUCUCUUUCCAGCUUGCUGGGCUAACUGCAGACCAGAGAGACUGAGCGUGAAAGAGCCUGUGAGGAGCAUCCAGUCCUAUACGCUUGUCAAGUGGAAAUACGAAGGACUAGAGAGAUCACUAGGAUCGCCCAAGGUCACACAGUAGGACUCACACUGGGUCUCUAAUUCCAGCUCUCUUUCUACUAUACUGCCCUGUAAUCCUACCUCAAAAAAAAAAAAUUAUCCCCUCAGUUUAUUCAACAGUCUGUAUAUCUUCUGGUUAGACACAUAGUAAAAUAAUGGGUAGAGAGUUUUAUAAAAAUUAUCCAUGUACACUGGGUUUUCCAUUUCUCUUAACCUUGUUCCCUUUCUGCUUCCUGUCUCCCUCUCCCUUUGCCUCCUUAGCUCCCAGUAAGAUGAGUCCAGUGAGGAGGGUCUUAUCAUGCCAUUGGUUGCCAGUGUGCCUGCCAAUCCCAUUACAGCAAAGAGCACAGGUAUGGAGACAAGUGCUCCAAGACCAGGAUUCUCCUUGACACAACUCUACUUCUACUUCUGCCCCAACACCCUCUCCAUAUCCUAGGAACUUAGAGCCCAGCUGGAGAAAUAAAAUGUGUUAAAACAAAAGGAAUCAAAGAGCCCUAGGGAGCAGAGCAGAGAGCCUGGGGAGGGGCAUACCAUAGCCCUUAUCCCUCUGCCUUUACUUGUCAAGACUCCUUCCCUGAAAUAUACCAGAGACGGUGUCCUUAAGCAACUUCCCGGGAAGAUUUCCAAAUUCCUCACACUGUCAAGGUCCCACUCAGUCCCCACAAUGGAUACGCUGUCUCCUUGUGGCCCUUACCACACUGUCCUGUAGUGCUAUUUACCUUGUAGAGGGUGCAUGCCUAGGAGCAUGGAUCAAUGGUGAUCCCCAAUCUGUCUUUGUACCUAUCAACAAAAGAAGGCAAUAGAUGCUUGUUGGAUUCAUGCACUCUUACAGGCCCUGUACCUUUUGUGCUCCGGAUGGUGGGGAAGAGAGUUGUGGAGUUGCCUUCUGGAGAGGCAACCUUGAGAUAUCAGAAGCAGCUGAGUCUCAUGCGUGUAGGCUGAAUGGUACAGAUGAAGCUGAAAAUGACCCUUCUCCCUCUUCUCUGGUCCUCUGCAAUGUACUUUUGAUCACCAUGUCAAUGAUUGCUCAUUCUAACUGAAGACAAAUAAAACUCCAUUUCAUUGAUCUGCAGACACAGUUGUAUCUCUGAACCGCUGAUCUUACAGCUGCCUCCAAAUUUUCCAUUCAGUGACUUUCUGACCUCACUGACUCUUUUGAAUCAGAGACUGCACUAAGCUGGGCCAUCUGAGAAGCUGUACUCUCCAGCAGCGUACUGUAAGAACCAGAACAUUUCUAAUUCAGCUCUUAUAAUGAAGUGCAAGGUAGUGUAAAGGCAAGAGCCCCACGUUGGGAGUCAGGUCACCUGAGUUCUGCUCCCAGCUCCCCAGAUCUGAAUAAAUGGGAGAAUUUCAAAAACUACUUGUUCAUGCGAUGGUGAGGUUGUGAGUGGAGACAGAGUCAGAUGUAAACAAUAAAAUGGUGUGGCAAGAAGCUUAUGGAUGAAUGUCAGCUCUGAAAAGAACCUCCAGAAAAAAAGAAGCCUUCAGUGGGGUUGGGACAUAGAAUCCUACAGGGUGUCAGCAGUUACUGUAGUCCAUUGAAAUGAAAUAUAUUGCACAGGUGGUGAGCAAGUUGGCUUUGACAUAGGUAGGUGCACAGAAUCAUGGAGUUAGCCUGGCCUAGCUGCCUUGAGAGGCCUGGGCCAUGGGUUUUUCAGGGUAGAGUCCAUGGUUCCUGGUGCACAAUGUGCCUUCCAUUUCCUGAGAGACUGAGGCACUCCCUCAGGCAGUGAAACUUUCAAGCUGCUUUAUGUUUCUCUGUAUGUUCUCUUGGAAGUUGGGGAAGCAUGGAAGGAUAAUUGGUUUUAGACAUUAAUUUUGUGUACCCUGUAAAUUUUGCAAAUAUCAUUGUAUCCUGACAAUAACAACUAUGCUGAUCCUUUAUCAGGAUAAAGGUAUAAAA